AGCUUGUAGCGUUGAUAAAAACAGCAAACAACAUUGGAGUUGCCAUAAAAAUAAAAAUUGUUGGUACUUGGUUACAUCCAGUCUUUUCCAUUCAUAUAACACCUAAUUUUACUUGAAAUCAUCUUUUUUCAGCGAAAAAAAGGGAACGGUUUAUGUUUUUCCUUUUAGUCCUUUUGCUUCAUCAAUUGUCGGCGCCAUCAUUCAAUCAUCAUAAUCAUCGGUAGUUAUCGGUAUCGUUGUCGUUCUUGUCAAACCAAACCAUAUACCAAGUCAACUCCUCCUUGAGUGGUUACUAAACAUUCAACAAAAAAGUCAAACUCGAUAUAAAAUGAAAAGGUUUUCCAUUUUGGUUGUUAGUUGUUAACAUUCAUCCUCCCAGUGGAUUAUGAUAUAACAGUUGUUCAGAGUUAAAUAAUAUUAAGUUUUUUGGAUUGAUUGUUGCAACUGAAGUAAAAUGUGUCGACUUUUGAAGAAUAACUUUUGGUCCCUUUUGUUGGUAUCUUUUUUGUAUAUUCUUGUAAAAGUUUCAUGUGAAAAGCUUCUUCAUCCAAGAUAUCCUCAUUCUCACCCAACUCCAAAUCAACCGCUUCCUUUAGCUGCCAAUGAUGUGAACGGAUAUGUUGACCAUCAACCUCAGGCCUCAUAUGACCAUCACCAUCAGCACGAAGAGAAGUAUCCUUACCAACCUUACGGUUUUGGUUAUGAAGUCGAGGAUGGUUGGGGUAACACUCAAUACCGACACGAGAAAGGUUUAGACCCCUGGAAGGUGAAGGGAAGUUAUGGAUACAAAGACGCUUGGGGAAUCUAUCGACAUGUUGAUUAUAUCGCAGACAAAUGGGGCUUCCGAGCAAACAUUAAGACAAAUGAACCAGGAACUGCACCCAAAGAUCCAGCUGCUGUUAAAAUGAAUUCAAACCCAGUUCCAGCCGGAACUCAUGGAUUUAUCAAGAAGUAUGAUGUUAAAGAUGAGGUUCCUGAUCAUUCCAAGACAUCUUACAUUUAUGCCAAACAAAAGAAAACCCAAGCCAAGGCUUAUUAAUCUCAAUCAAAACUUGACUAUAAAAAAGAGAAACUCAGAUUAAUUCAUGUAUUUUUGGGAUUCACCAGGAAUCUUAUGAUUACAAUUUGGAACCCACAUUUCCACCAAAUUUUGUAUGUAAAUAGUCUUAUCAUUUUUUUCCCAAUGAAACUCUUUCCAUCCUUAAUCCAGCUGAAAAGUCAAAAGCUGGCAAAAUCAAACAACGCAACGGAGAAAGUUCAUUAAUCUUUUUUUCAAUCAACAAUUUUUCACUAACCAAUGUAAUCAUUUUAUACUUUUAGUUUUGGCUCUUUUCUUUUGUAUAUUUUGAUAUAUUUUUCGCUUCUUGAUCAUCGAUCUAAUAAAAAUGUUGUCACUGUGACUAUUUUUAAAUUACCAAA